AUGGCUGAACUAAAGAAACAGUUGAGUGAGUUGAUGGAGAAGGGAUUUGUGGGACCCAGCAGUUCUCCAUGGGGUGCGACGUUUCUCUUUGUAACGGUGAAAAAUAGGUACCCAUUGCCAAGGAUCGAUGAGUUGUUGGACCAACUCCGGGGAGCGACAUACUUAUCAAAGAUUGAUUUGGCUUCAGGCUAUCACCAGAUUCCUAUUGAGGAAUCAGACAUUCGAAAGACGCCCUUUCGGACAAGGUACGACCACUACGAAUUUGUGGUCAUGCCUUUCGGGUUAACUAACGCCCCUGCAGCUUUCAUGAAGCUCAUGAACAAUGUGUUCCGUGAGUAUCUGGAUGAAUUCGUGAUUGUCUUUAUAGACAACAUCUUGGUUUACUCGAAGAGUAAGGAGGAGCCUGGUACACAUUUGAGAAAGGUGUUGGGACGAUUGAAGGAGCAGAGGUGUUAG